GUUGUUGAGAUGUCACACGUUGUAGAUUCUACUACCAGUGGCUGUUACACAGAUGAAGGUACCAGUGAGCUUGUACCGUCUGUAUUCGUGCUACACUCCGAUGCAGCAAGAGAUUUCGAGCUGGGUAGGUUCGUUGUCAGCGCAAUCGCCGAUUUGGGCUUAUCUGUUUAUCAUCUCGCUCUUGAGAGCUUCGUGACGAAGAGAGAAGCUCUGGAGACUGCACUAGAGCAGGCGCAGUACUACGUGGUUAUUUUCAGUGAAAAAUUCAAGAAGGAUGCGAAGUCUGCUAAACAUCUGAACAUUUUGUUCGAGAAAUUUGUUAGCAGGAGACAGAAGACUGUGUUGCCAGUUCAUUUUGACGUUUCAGAGCAGAAAAUGAGGAACAUGUUUCCUGUAUUCAACGUUUUCUGUGCAAAGCAAGUGUCAUCGUCGUCUGAUUUACAAGCAGAAUCAAAGAGACUUGCUCGUGAGUUGUACUUUCUUAUUAGAAAAUCAAAACAUGAGCAGUGUGUAGGACACAGUGGACUGCAGUGGGAUUGGGAGAAAGAGGCAACAGUUGUGGAAGCUGAACGACUGGAAUGGUGUUCUAUCAGAAAUAUACAGACUGUUUCACUAACUGGCAAGAUUUCUGACAUUUUUGUUGUCAUGGCUACAGGUUCUGACAGUUUGUCAGACCUCGUACCUGGAGAUCUCAUUGUGAGCGUGGGUGGACAUGCCAUUGAACAAAUAGACAAGAAUCAGGAGCUGAAGCAAACUGCAGGUGAAGAGGGUAAGCCUUUCCAGGUUGCUGUAAGACGAGUAAUCAAGAAGCCAAACUACAUGACAUUUCAUUUCUUUGAACAAUUUCAUGAGGACGAUUCAGAUCACACCACGAGUGUGGACAAUACAGAACAAAAUACUAAUGAUGGUCGCAUUACAGUAUUUGUUGGUUGUUCAGAUGAAAACAAAGAUGACAAAGAUUGGGCAGUGCGACUAGCUUGUGCUCUGAGCGAUUUAGGUUUUGUCCAAAUGCUGGUUUGUGAGCGUUUGUUUGCAAACUUUUGCGAUAGACUGAAUGUUGCAUUGAAAUCUUCGUAUUACAUUCCUAUCUUCAGUCCACUGGGCUUCUCUGAAGCAGCUGCAAACUGUCUUGUUAACAUUGAUCAGCUGAAUACGAUGUUUGAUCAAUUUAUGGACUAUGAUAAGAAGGUUCUCCCCAUUGCACGGUGCGGUAUGACAUGGAAAGAACUGACAGAUAAACUUCCUACGUUUUGCCAACGUCCACUUGAGAUUAGCAGUGAUGUGGAUGUAACCAAGUCUAUAAUGGAUACAGCCAGGAAGUUUUACGAUGAAGUUCCAGCAGUUAACAGCAGUUUGGAAUGGGAAUGGAGCUCAACAACAAAAACGGUUGUUUGUUGUCUGUCAAUUUCACUGAGCCAAAUUCAGGUUGUUUGUGAUGGGAAAUUCUCUACUGUGCUUGUUAUUGGGCAACCCAGUCAGCGUUUUGUGACAUCAGAUUUGCAUUCUGGUGAUAAGGUGGUUGCUGUUAAUGGUAAUGAGGUUGAUGGUUCUAUCACCCAGGAUGUAUUGGAUCGAUCUGUUGACAGCCACGGAGAAACAAUGAGCAUAACAGUUUGUCCAUGCAGUAGGAAACCUCAAUAUUGGGACGAGCCCUUGCUUUUGUCGAAAUGGUCAAAUUGUCUUCAACUAAAUCCAGUUUAUGCAAAGGCAUCUCAACAGAAAAAUACAACAACUGUUUCUGCAGUCGAUUCAAACAAUUAUGUUUCUAUUGAAAAUGGAUGCCAACAAGACGACGUCGUGUCAGUUUCUUUUCAUCCCAGUCAGUUGAGUAAUGUGAAGGCUAUCGAGCAUGUAGUUGAUGAUGUUAAGCAGGAAGUAUCUGUACAAGACAUGCAAGCAGCCACACAUCAGAAUAGUUUAACAUUUGCUGGCAAUCCUCCUGACGUUUGUCAUAAUGAAGAGCUCAGUCCUCAGAAAGGUGAACUACCAGACAUUGUGUGGUCCAGUCUUCAAGAUGAAUGUGAAGGAGAUCAGUUAAAGGUGAAUGACAUCAAUGAUCUGUGGAAUGAGGUUGAAGAGAUAGAAUGUGAAAAGACUGAUGUUGGCCUUGGUUUAGUUUUCAGUGAAAUAUUGGAUCAUGAAAAGAGACCAUUAGCAUUGUUCUUGACUGAUGCCACAAGAUGUAUUACAGCUGAUGGGACAUUGUCUGUUGGCGAUCGAUUGCUGAGUGUUGGAGAACAUGAUCUUACGCACCUUGAUUGUGCUGCUGCACGUGAAGUGUUCAAGAAGUUACCUGUUGGACGUGUUAUGCUGAAGAUACAACGUGCUUGCCAUCCAAGCUAUUGGUCAGAUGAUUCACAGUCAUUACUCGUACAAGACGAAGACAACAUGAAAUCUGCUGAUUUUGAAGAAGUGGAACUGACUUCAUAUGAAGAGCAACACAUAGAUGUUGCUGCUGGUGAUGAUUUAUCUCUAGAAACAAAACCACACGAGGAAUUGAAGUUAGGCCAUCAAAAGAUAGUUGGGAGUGAAUUACCUAAUUCGCUUAUGACAGACUUGAUGGAACGUGGAGCAGGUGAGGCGAGUGCCAUGUCUGAUGUGUCUACUCCUUAUGAAGUCCAGCCAACAGUUGGCCAACUAUCUGAUCACACAAAUGCAUUAAAUGCUGUUCGGAGCAACAAACAGCCUUUAACAGCUGAAGAUCUUCUUCGGCCUCACUGGGUUGCGCUGAAUGCUCGACUUGAGGUAUCUGAUAUUGUUAAUCAUUUAUAUGAAAGGCAAAUCAUAUCAUUGGAGAAUAUGGAAAUGAUUAAAUGUGGUCGAACUAGACAGGAACGGGCCUAUCAACUACUUAUGAUGUUAAACACGAGGUCAUGGGCUGACGUCGUACAAUUUGGACAAAUAUUGAGUCAAUAUUCACAAAUGCGUGACUUGGGACAGAAAAUUCUAGUUGAUGCGGGAAAAAUUGAGCCUGACAAGUUGCUUGAUGUUCGGUUUUUGGUUCAGGAAAACAUACGUUUACAGCAGGAAAGCAUACGUCUGCAGCAAGAAAACUAUCAGCUGCAGGCAAAGCUUGACAUGUUGACACUUCAGACUGCAAGAGAUGGGAAGUAGAAUGUUGUGUGCUCAUGUGUGACAGUGAGUGACAGGCAUAUGGCGGAUUUUCUAGUUUCCAGAGAAUAUCAUGGUAACUGUGGUCAGUUGAAGUACACGUAUAUCACAGAUGUUUUAGGUAAUAUACAAAUUAUUAACAUAUUGAAGAAAACAGACAUGGCAUUCAAUGACGAAUCGUUAUACAGAGGAGGAUUACAGUAGUGCCUCUGUGCACAGCUGUUGGAUGUCAGACAAUUGGAAUGCAACGCAUGCGCUCAUUGUUAUCUCUGAUGUUAACUAGCACGUGCUAGUCGAUGUUAUGUCUCUGCAUGCU